UCCAAACCAAACUCAAACAACAACACUUCUCUUCUCUUGUCCUUAUAACAAUGGGGAUUUGUAGUUCAUGCCACACUUCCAAAUCAAAACCCACGGCUAAACUCAUACAACAAGAUGGGAAUUUACAAGAAUACCCUUACCCUGUCAAAGUCUCCCAUGUCUUACAAAACAACCCUUCUUCUUUCAUCUGUAACUCGGAUGACAUGGACUUUGACGACAUAGUUGAGCCCAUCAGUGACGAGGAUGAGCUUGUUCCCGGUCAACUCUACUUUGCACUUCCGUUGACUAGGUUAAAGCGGCCGAUCCGACGUGAAGAAAUGGCGGCGCUGGCUGUCAAAGCUAGCAAUGCGUUGAGUAAAGGUGGUGGAGAUAAGUGUGGGUGCGGCGGCAAGAGCUUUACUGCGGUGGUGGAGAAGCCGGGAAAGAGACAAGUGGCGGAUGGUGAUGUGAGGAGGCGGCGGAGUGGCGGUGGCGGAAAGCGGCGGAGUGGCACGGCGGUGUUGAGUGCUAUACCGGAAUAGAGAUAGAAUAAUAAAUUAGUCAUUUUAUAUUUACUGCAAUGUUUUUGUUGUAAAUGAAAGUGCAUGUUAUGUUUAUGUAGUUAGAUUUAGAUAACGAUGUGUUGAGUUUUUUUAGGUUCGUGAAUCGUGAGACAUGAGUCCACUUUCCGGCGACCGGUUUUUCAUUUUUUGGUUCUUUUGUUACAUUUUCUGUCGGCUCUUUAGAGAGCCAUGUUACUGUUCAGCUGUUCUGAUGAGUUAAGAUAAUUUCAAGUUAAAGCAUUUAGAUUUUUCUGA